CCGCCCGCCGCCGCCAUGGCCGGUAAGCCCCGCAGCGGCUGCGAGGCGCUCCGGGUGGUGGCCCGGUGCCGGCCCAUGAGCCGGCGGGAGGAGGCGGCGGGAUACGAGCGCGUCCUGGAGCUGGACGUGAAGCUGGGCCAGGUGAGCAUCCGCAACCCCCGCGCCGCCCCCGGGGAGCUGCCCAAGACCUUCACCUUCGACGCCGUGUACGACGCCAGCUCCAAGCAGGCCGACCUGUACGAUGAGACCGUGCGGCCGCUCAUCGACUCGGUGCUGCAGGGCUUCAACGGCACCGUCUUCGCCUACGGCCAGACCGGCACCGGCAAGACCUACACCAUGCAGGGCGCCUGGGCCGAGCCCGAGAAGCGCGGCAUCAUCCCCAGCGCCUUCGAGCACAUCUUCACGCACAUCUCCCGCUCCCAGAACCAGCAGUACCUGGUGAGGGCCUCGUACCUGGAGAUCUACCAGGAGGAGAUCAGGGACCUCCUCGCCAAGGACCAGAGCAAGAAGCUGGAGCUGAAGGAGAACCCCGAGACGGGGGUGUACAUCAAGGACCUCUCCUCCUUCGUGACCAAGAACGUCAAGGAGAUCGAGCACGUGAUGAACCUGGGCAGCCAGACACGCUCCGUGGGCAGCACCAACAUGAACGAGCACAGCUCCCGCUCCCACGCCAUCUUCCUCAUCACCAUUGAGUGCAGCGAGACGGGGCUGGACGGCGAGGAGCACAUCCGCGUGGGCAAGCUCAACCUGGUGGACCUGGCCGGCAGCGAGCGCCAGAGCAAAAUGGGGGCCCACGGGGAGCGCCCCAAGGAAGCCUCCAAGAUCAACCUCUCCCUCUCCGCCCUGGGCAACGUCAUCUCCGCGCUCGUGGACGGCAGGAGCACGCACAUCCCCUACCGGGACUCCAAGCUGACCCGCCUGCUGCAGGACUCCCUCGGGGGCAACGCCAAGACAAUCAUGGUGGCCACCUUGGGUCCGGCCUCCCACAGCUACGACGAGAGCCUCUCCACCCUCAGGUUCGCCAACAGGGCCAAGAACAUCAAGAACAAGCCCCGGGUGAACGAGGACCCCAAGGACACCCUGCUGCGGGAGUUCCAGGAGGAGAUCGUGCGGCUGAAAGCCCAGCUGGAGAAACGCGGGAUGCUGGGGAAGAAGAGGAGAAGGAGCAGCCGGAGGAAGAAAGCGACGGAGGGAGAAGGCACCGCGGAGAACGAAGGGGAGGACGACAACGAGGAGGGCCUGGAGAAGAACAUGGAGAACUACUUGAAGGAGCAGAAGGAGAGGCUGGAAGAGGAGAAAGCCGCUAUCCAGGAUGACCACAGCCUGGUGAGCGAGGAGAAGCAGAAGCUGCUCCAGGAGAAGGAGAAGAUGAUCGAGGACCUGCGGAAGGAGCAGGAGGCCACGGAGCUGCUGGCCAUCAAGUACAAGGCGAUGGAGAGCAAGCUGCUCAUCGGGGGCAGGACCAUCGUGGACCACACCAACGAGCAGCAGAAGAUGCUGGAGCUGCGGCGGCAGGAGAUCGCGGAGCAGAAACGCCGGGAGCGGGAGAUGCAGCAGGAGGUGCUGCUGCGGGACGAGGAGACCAUGGAGCUGCGGGAGACCUUCACCUCCCUGCAGCAGGAGGUGGAGAUCAAAACCAAGAAGCUGAAGAAGCUCUAUGCCAAGCUGCAGGCCGUGAAGGCCGAGAUCCAGGACCAGCACGACGAGUACAUCCGAGUGCGCCAGGACCUGGAGGAGGCCCAGAACGAGCAGACGAGGGAGCUGAAGCUCAAGUACUUGAUCAUCGAGAACUUCAUCCCUCCCGAGGAGAAGAACAAGAUCAUGAACCGCCUCUACUUCGACGGCGACGAGGAGCAGUGGAAGUUCCAGCCGCUGGUGCCCACCGGAGGGAACAGCUCCCAGAUGAAGAGGCGCCCGACCUCCGCCGUGGGCUACAAGAGACCCAUCAGCCAGUACGCCCGCGUGGCCAUGGCCAUGAGAUCCCACCCCCGCUUCCGGGCCGAGAACAUCAUGUUCCUGGAGCUGGACCUCUCCCCCCCGGCCAUCUUCGAGUUCGAGCGCAGCGGGGACGCGGCGGAGCAGGACCCGCGGGCGCUGCACCUGGAGCGGCUGAUGCGCCUGGACAGGCUCCUGGAGCGGCCCGCGGCCGCCCGCCUGCGCAAGUCCCGCUCCUGGUGCCAGACGCCGCGGUCGCUGCCCUCCUCCACCACCCACGUGUCCCUCACCUCCGGCGCCGCCUGUGCCGCCGCGAUGCCAGCGCAGAUGCCAGCUCAGAUGCCAGCUCAGGAGUGACGUCCCGGAGCCCCGGUCCGGACUGAGCCCCGCGGGGCCGAGGGAGGGCCCCGCUCGUCCUUGUCUGCAGCUGCUUUGUGUGCGUGUGUUUGUGAGACACGAACGGCCCGAGGGGGACCCGCCCCUUCCCUCCCUCCCUCCCUCCCUCCCUCCCUCCCUCCCCGCGCCCCUCCCCGGCCCGGAUCUGUCACUUUAUUUAUUUAACCUAUUUAUUUAUGGAGUGGUUGGUGGCGGAGGCAGGAGACGCGCUCGGACUGUUGGACGUGCGGGGCUGGCCCUGGGCACUGCGCUGACCCCCGGGUUUGCCCAGCCCCCAGCCCUGCCCACGCUGCCCAGCACAGGGCUGGGCACGGCCAGGACACGCUCACCAGCCAGGAGGGGCACGGGACCCUCUCCGGGGGCUGUGGCGGGAGCUGCUGCUGCCUUUGCUGUGCUGGAUCCCCGGGAAUUCGGAGAUUCCUACGCGGGUUUGGAGACUCGGUGGUGGCAGCGCCUUGUCAGGGUCCCCCAGUGGGGCUCCCCAGCCUGUGCCAGCGCCGGUGGCAGCAGGGACAUCUCACGGACACGGGCACGGCUGGCACUCCAGGAGCACCGGCUCCAUCCACAGGGAUCAUGGAGGCACCAAAGCCAACCAAAGCCAAGGGCUUUGUCCACCUGUGCCACGCUCUGGAGACACUGGAGACAGCCCCGGCCCCUCGAGGGGCCUGGCACCAUCUCCCGUCCCUGGGCUGGGACUCCUGACAGCAGCAACGAGAGGUGGAACUUUCCAGCCCCUUCCAUCGGCCCAUCCCAAAGGCAGGCAGCGUGGGGAGCGGUGCUGCCUGUGGAGAACAGAGCUGUGGGAUGGCAGUGGCUCCAUCCUGCAGCUGAAGGCAACGGAGAAACGUGGGACAAGGUGGUGACGCCCAGGGGAGGGAGGUCAUCGCUCCCCUCCGGGCUGGGCAGUGCCACAGGGAGGGCACUUCUGAGCUGGGGGAGAUUUCCAAGCGGGUGGGGGAGGGAUGGGUGUGAAAUGGGGGAUGGGGAAGGGGAUGGGGCUGGGAAUCCCAUCCCAGCUGCUGCACGCACUCGGUGUUCCUGUGGGACGCGGCUCCCGGAGGGAGGGAAGGUGGGACCUUGGUGAAGACCCUUCCUGGCAGUGCCAGGCCAGCAGCUGUGCUUUCCCUGGCACGGGGGGGGGUGAGGAGGUCUGUUUGUGUGACACGAUUCUCAUGGAUAAGGGAGCGACCCCCGGCUCAUCUGGGAGGUGUGGAUUGGCAAAGGGCCGGGCACAGGGAGUUCCCGGGCACAGAGAGUCCCCAGGCACAGGGAGUCCCCGGGCACAGGGAGUCCCCAGGCACAGGGAGUCCCCGGGCACAGGGAGUCCCCGGGCACAGGGAGUCCCCGGGCACAGGGAGUCCCCGGGAGGGCAGGUCAGAGAAGAUUGCAGGGAGGGAAUGUCUUCUGGAAACAAAGAGAAUUCCUUCACAGGAUGGUUGAGAUUGGAAGGGACCCCUGGAGCUCAUCCAGCCCCCUGGAGCACGUUACCCAGGAUCGUGUCCAGCUUUGGAGUAUCCCCAGGGAAGGAGACUCCAGAAGGUCCCUGGGCAGCCUGUUCUGUUCUCCCGCUGUUGGACUGGUCACUGCUCACCCCGAUGGUCCUGCACACAGGGCGGGGGGAGGGAGCGAGGCACAGGCACGGAGCAGGAGCAGCAGGAGCAGGAACAGCAGGAGCAGGAGCAGCAGGAGCAGGAGAACCAGCUGUGCUGAGCUCAGAGCUGGGCAGGUCCCCCCAGCCGUGUCCCAUCUGUGCAGCCGGGCCGGGGGAAUCCUCCUGCACUCCCCCCUGCUCUGGCACGGGGUGUCUUCUCCUCCUCUCUAACAUUGUCCUGCCUCAAGCUCUCGAUCAUUGGCUCUGGCUCCACCUUCCCCUCCUCCAUCUGCCCCUCCAAAACCUUCGUCCCUUCUCCCCCCUCCCAGCACCUGGCUGGGAAUCCAGCUGGGAGCUGUAGGUGCUCCCAGGACUGAGCUCCCUCCCUCCUGAGCUCAGCCUGGGGAGGAGGGUGCAGGGGAAGGUGUUUGAGGAGUGAGAGAUGGGUCCCUUCCAUGGUGUGGGGUGGGUCUGUGUGCACAGGGACCCCCAGCAGACAGGGGGGUCCGUGGGCAUCCCCCACAGCAAGCUGGCCCCGUGAAACCAUCCCCAUCCCUGCAAGUGUCCCAGGCCAGGCUGGACGGGGCUUGGGGCAACCUGGGCUAGUGGGAGGUGUCCCUGCCCAUGGCAGGGGGUGGCACUGGGUGAGCUUUAAGGUCCCUUCCCACCCAAACCAGUCUGGGAUUCUAUGAUCCCGUAGAACACGGUGGAUGGGAGAGAUGGAGCUCUUUGUUUAGCUUCCAGGAAAGCCUCUGGGAGUCGGGGUCAGGAAGCACAACCUCAGAACGGGGAGAAGCUGGGGGGGGGUGGCUGUGGGAAUAGAUUUUCCUCCUUUCCUUGUUUUCCACUGGCCCCAGUUCACCUUGGGCGGAUCAGCAGCUCGUGGAGCCCCGAGGGGUUGAACCAGUGACCGUCUCUGCGGCUCGGGUAUGGGACACAGCGCUGACGGUGCCCUCCCCCCGGCCUGCCCCGGGCCAGGGAGCACCGCGGGCAGGGGGGGGGUGUGUGUGUCCUCUGGGCAUCACGGCGAGGGACAGGCCCCGCUCCAGCUCCAGCAGGACUGUGGUCACGGUGGGAUCCACCUGGAAGCCCCUCCAGCAGAGCACGGGACGGGGGCGGGAGCUCCCAGAGCAGGAAUGAGCCACUUCCAGCAUCCAAGUGCCGCUCGCAUCGCGGGGUCCGGGAGCCUCCCGAGCGCUCCCGGGCCGGGAGCGGCCGCUGGGGCCGAGCGGGUUCCCCGUGCCCGGGGUGUGUUCGUGGCGUCCGUCGGUGUCCGUGUGUCCCACCGAGUGUGUGUCCCACCGAGUGUGUGCCGCGCGUGGGGUGUUCCCGGGGUCUGGGACCGUCAGUGUGAGGGGCCGCACGGGGAGAAACCCCCGGGGGGACGGGGCUGGGCUGGGGCUUCCUUCUGUUGUUGUUGAACUGUUCCUUUGGGUUCCAGGUUUGGAGGUUUUUCCGCGCGGGGGUGGGUUCGGGUCUGUUCCGGGUUCAGGGACAAGGUGAGGGCCUCGAUUAGGACCAAAUUUUCGUGCCUGUUGCUCUGGUGAUUUAUUUAGAAAUCAAAAGUUUCACUGUCUGGUGGCCCAUCCUUGUCACUAUACAUAGGAAUAUACGGGACAUAUUAUAAAUAUAUAUAUAUUAUACAUACUGUAUGGAGAGAGGUGUCCGUGCCCCGCUCCGGCCGGGACGGACCCUCCUCCCUGUGCUGUAACGUAGCUUCGACCCCGCGCUGGGAGCGCCCCGGGAGCGCCCGCGCCCUCCAGGACGGCACCGACACAAUAAAGGAAUGAGCAUCAUG